GCGGAGGCCGAUGGGCAGCGGGCGGCCGCGCUCGGUGCCGGCACCGGCUCCGGGACCCCCGCCGGGGCGGCGCGGGGCGCUGAGGGCGGCACCGGGGCUUCACCUGCGGAGCGGCCCCCGGAGCGGCCCGGGGGCAUGCCCCGCUGCGGGCGCGGAGACUAGCCCGGCCGCCCGGUGCAUGGCCCAGCUAUGGAGGUGGUGGACGAGACGGAGGCUCUGCAGCGCUUCUUUGAAGGCCACGACAUUAAUGGAGCUCUGGAACCAUCUAACAUUGACACUAGCAUCCUGGAAGAGUACAUCAGCAAGGAGGACUCGCCAGAUAUCUGUUUCCCUGACAUCCCUGCUUCAGCCAGCUAUGCACACCCCCAGCCCUCCAGCUCAACCACCAUCAACGCGCCUCUUGCCAGCUCCAUCGCCAAUGUGACCAACCCCGCUUCCAGCGGUUCCCUCCACCUUCCUCCCCCGGGCAGCCAGAUCCCAAUCCGGCAUGGUCCUCCUCUGGCCAACCCUUGCGGACCCGGCUAUGGUGCUCACCUCAACUGCAAUAACAACAAUGGCAUGGUGGUGCCCAAGGGCUACCUUGGUGGCCACUGCCUAAACAACGUGGUCCCUCCAAUCAAAUCAGAGCCCAAGGCCUCCUACGCACCUGGCACUUUGCCUGACUCUCCCCCGGACUCUGGAUCAGAAGCCUACUCCCCUCAGCAGGUGAAUGAUCCUCACCUCCUCCGGACCAUGACCCCCGAAAACAUGUGCCACAUGACUCCCCCUUCUCGCCUGGAGCACCCUCCGCCACCGCCUCCGCCUCCACCACCCCACCUUCAGGGUCCCCCGCCACCACCCCCUCACCCACACCAGCAGCAGCACAACCCUCACUACCCCAGCCUGCAGCGAGACAUGUACAUGAAGGCUGAGCCCCUGAUGCCACCGUACGGCAUCGGGCAGGGCAUGGCGCCUGCCGACCUCCACCAUGCCCAGCAGUCGCAGAUGCUGCACCAGCUACUCCAGCAACAUGGAGCAGACCUCCCGGUGCACCCUGCCAAGAAGCGGAAACACUCCGAGUCGCCCCCCAACACCCUCAAUGCACAGAUGCUCAACGGGCUGAUAAAGCAGGAGCCAGGUAUGGGGUCCGUGCCACUCAACCCUGACAGAGUCCAAACGCCUCCCUGGCACCAGCCGGGAGCGCUUUCACCAGGCCUGAUUCAAGAUAAUGACAGCUUGAAUGGCUCCUACUUGGAUCCCAACUACCAGUCUAUAAAGUGGCAGCCACAUCAACAGAACAAGUGGGCAACCUUGUAUGAUGCCAACUACAAAGAACUCCCGAUGCUCACAUACCGCGUGGAUGCUGACAAGGGGUUCAACUUCUCUGUGGGCGACGAUGCCUUUGUGUGCCAGAAGAAGAAUCACUUCCAGGUCACGGUCUACAUCGGCAUGCUUGGAGAUCCGAAGUAUGUGAAGACCCCUGAAGGCCUGAAACCCUUAGAGUGCUUCUACCUGAAGCUGCACGGAGUGAAGCUGGAGGCCUUGAACCAGUCGAUCAAUAUCGAGCAGUCGCAGUCUGACCGCAGCAAACGGCCCUUCAACCCCGUCACGGUCAACCUACCUCCAGAGCAGGUCACCAAGGUCACCGUGGGGCGCCUGCACUUCAGUGAGACCACUGCCAACAACAUGCGGAAGAAAGGCAAACCCAACCCAGACCAGAGGUAUUUCAUGCUCGUGGUAGCCUUGCAGGCACACGCGCAGAACCAGAACUACACGCUCGCAGCCCACAUCUCUGAGCGCAUCAUCGUCAGAGCCUCCAACCCUGGCCAGUUUGAGAGUGACAGCGAUGUGCUGUGGCAGCGGGCACAGCUCCCUGAUACUGUUUUUCACCACGGCCGGGUUGGCAUCAACACAGACCGCCCGGAUGAAGCCCUGGUGGUCCAUGGCAAUGUGAAGGUCAUGGGUUCACUGAUGCACCCUUCAGAUGUCCGAGUGAAGGAGGACAUCCAGGAGGUGGACACCACAGAGCAGCUGAAGAGGAUCUCUCGCAUGCGUCUAGUACAUUACAACUACAAGCCUGAGUUUGCAGCCACGGUGGGCAUUGACAACACCUCUGAGACAGGUGUCAUUGCUCAGGAGGUGAAGGAGAUCCUUCCUGAAGCUGUGAAGGACACCGGGGACCUGGUCUUUUCCAAUGGGAAGACCCUUGAGAACUUCCUGGUGGUGAACAAGGAGCGCAUCUUCAUGGAGAAUGUGGGAGCCGUGAAGGAGCUGUGCAAACUGACAGACAACCUGGAGACUCGCAUCGAUGAGCUGGAGAGGUGGAGUCACAAGCUGGCCAAGCUCAAGCGGCUGGACAGCAUGAAGUCAACUGUGAGCUCUGGGACAUUCAGCCAAACGGGAAGCCAGUUCAGCCGUGCGGGAAGCGUGCCUCACAAAAAGCGGCCCCACAAAGUAGCCAGCAAGUCUCCAUCAGUUGUCCCUGAACAGGCCUGCAUCAGCCAGCGCUUCCUGCAGGGCACCAUCAUCGCCCUGGUCAUCAUCAUGGCAUUCAGUGUGGUGUCCAUGUCCACGCUCUAUGUGCUGAGCUUGCGCAGUGAGGAGGACCUUGUGGAUAUCGAUGGGUCAAGCCAGAACUUUGAUAAGACGCAGAUGGUGCGAUCCACAGCUGCGUCAGACAAAGCCAGCAGCAGGACCCCCACGCAGCACGUCACAGCGGACAUGCAUGACUUGGUCUUCGGCUUACCUGGUCACAGCGUGCUGGCCUGCUUCAGCCCACCAUGUUUCUCCACAUGCUGCUCUGCUGCUCCCACCAAUGUCUCCUCUGUUGCCCUCUCUGAGACCAGCCCUACUCAUGCCACUAACCGGACAGACCAAAGUCAGACCUCACUCCUGCCGGUGACAAAUAUCAAAGCCAAAUCCAGGGGCAUCACCGGGAAAGCGACCUCCUACACCAAGUGGCCAAAGACACCUGACAGGUCUCAGAGCUUCGGCAGCCCCAAUGCCAGCCCCUCCUCCCCCUUCACCCACAUCCAGGGCAAAUCCAAGUACAUCUCCAACCUCUCGCUCUCCCGCAGCAACUCCCCACUGGGGCAGGCGCGGCAGCAGCGCAGCAUCAAGCAGCCGGUGAGCGAGUGGCCCCGCACCGAGGAUCCCAGCACGGAUGGGCCAAGCCCAGUGCUGCACUCCAUCCGCAUCGUGGAAAUCAAUAUGGCCAUCCAGCCCCAGCACUGCGUCACCGUCGACGCAUGCAGGACUGGAAACUUCACUUACCGCAUCCCUGUCAACCAGCUGACAGCAGCGAACACCAACCUGACCCUGGAGAUGAACUCCUCCUCCGCUGUGUCCGUCUCCCUUUGUGGCCUUGUCUCCAGUGACCCCUGCCAGGAUGCUGUGAGCGGGAACAGCUCCACCGAUGCCACAGACGCACAGGAAACAAUGCACCGUUGGCCCCUUGUGAUGAUGUCUUUCCGGGAGUUCACCUACCACUUCAGAGUAGCACAGCCUGACCGAGCCAACUGCAGCACUGCUCCCGAGCAGAUGGGACACCUUUUCACUGACUAUUACUUUCAGUUUUAUUGGCUCUGUGAGUGAGUCCUGGCAGCACCAGUGCCCUCUGGUUGGAGAGAGGAGGGAGACUGGUGACACUGGGGAGACUCCUGUACGCCAUCCUCCACUAGCCCCCAGCCCCACCUUACCCCUGUCUCCCGCAUGGGGCGUGGAGCUGGUUUGGUUGUGGCUGGUGACGCAGGCGCUGAAGCACGGCACGCGCAGAACAUAGGACCUAAGCCACAGAAACACAACCAGCCCCCUGGUAUCUCCCGGGCUCACCACGCACCGACUCCCACCAUCCCACGCUGCCCUGACCUUCCCUCAUGGGGAUGUUUUUGUCCUCAGUCACUUCUCCCUCCCCUCGCAACACUGGAUUCAAAAGCAUUACACUGGACUGAACGUGGACGGGUCUGCCGCGUCCCAGCGCGCGGAUGGGAGCUCCAUCCUGUACUGGCCCAGUGGUCCCAGAUGUACCACACAUCAGUUCUUCGCAACACUGGAAUUGCUCAACACUGGAGCCCUUUCCAAGAGCGAAACGCUGGAGUUUGGCCUGGAAAGGAAGGCUGUGCCUGGACAUACUGGAAGUUGUACACUGGAGUUGCUGUUCCUUCUAGUUGGCCCAGGGCCAUCCCCCGCCCCACUCCACAGACCCCCGGAGACCCCCAGACCUGCAAAUGGACUGUCCUCUGUGGACAACAAGAGAAGGUGCAGCUUCAAAGUUAGCCCUGUCUGUCCCCCUCCUCACUGUGCUCUAACUUUCACCAUAUCCAUGUCUGGAUGGAUAAACUCAAGAACCCCACUAAAGAUGCUGCUGAGGCUGUGCCCAGGCCAAACCACGCGUGGGGACACUUGCCAUCAACCUGUGGGAGAAAAAAUUACCCUGAGUUAUCUACACUAAGCGUUGUGGGACCCAUUUUUUUUUUCAUUUGGCAGCAACGUGUGGCCUCUGGCAGGGUGUGGAGCUGCCUGGUUGGCUGUCAAGUCAAUGCAGCCACCUCUGCCCAGAUGUGCAGAAGAGAAACCACUGGCAAAGCCUGGUGUGCCCUGCAGAGCAAGGCUGAAUCGCUGGGGACAUAUGAUGUGGCUUCACUGCACCCCCUGGCUCACAGAUCUCCACCAGGCACUGAGGACGCUGAUCAUCUCCCACAAAGCGGGGGAAUGGCAGUGACUGUGGGCCCUUGCUGUCACUGUUCUCAGAAAGCAGUUAUGUUCAGUGUAUUUUGGGUAUUUUACUGUUACAAGUUCUUAACUUGCUAAACUACUGAAUUUUAUUUUUUUUUUUAAGCCGUAUAAAAAUGGGUCUCUUAAUUUUGUCCCUGUUGAGCUAUGUGUGUCUCGCAUAGGAAACCAAAGGGGGCCACUGCUAAGCUCCGCAUUAAAGUUUGACUGCUACAGCGGUGCUGGGACAUGUCAGACUGACUCACCAGCGCGUGCACCCUCCUCCCCAUCCUGCUCCAGCGCUUCUUGCUGAAAAGGAGAUAUCUGCGUUCCUGGAAGCUGAGCCACCACCAGGUUCUUAUGUCUGAGGUGCAUUUCUCUAAGGAAAGAGCAGCCACCGCUGGGGAAGGUGAGGGGGAAACGCCACUCACCAGUCCCAAAGCACGCUCUAAAGCUGGCUUCAGAGAAGAGCAUGCCUCGCCCCUGGCAGCACUGCCACACGACGUAAGCAACUCGCACCAAACUGGUUUUGGGCAACUGCAUCAGGCUCUGGCUGCUGCAUUUUGUUGCCUUCAGCAGAGACAGAUGCAGGAAUCCCUCCCUCUGCCAGCUGCAGGCCACGCUGUUACCAGCACUGAGGAGCGCGUGGCUGGCUCCGCUGCUCUGGAGAAAUAAGCUGCAAAGACAUUUAUUUUACCUAGAUAGAGAUGGUUCCUGUGCACGUCUCGUGGGACCCUCCGUGGCCUUUUCUCCCCAGUCUGGGCAGCGAUUUUCUCUCCUGGCACCCAUUUCAGAACUUCUGAGCUUGUCCCAGCAAAGCAGCCACAGCCCUCCUCACGACAUUGCUAGGAGCUGGCAUCUCUGCCACCAAAGCUUUUUAUUUGUAGGGUGGUUUCAAGGUCAGGUUUUCACGCCUACAGGCAGCAAACACUUAACUACACGUCAGUGAUAGUCUCCAGUUACUAAAAUGCACUGAAACCUGGGCAGGCAGGAACCAGUGGUGAGCAGGGAAUGCCGAGCAGCCAAGCAGGAGUGAAGCUAGGGGGCUACCUGGCUUUGGGGAGCUCAGCGGGAAAGCAAGAGGUCCCAAGGCUUGGGAGCACCUACACACAAGCAGGUCAGCUCCAUGCUCAGCAGGAUUCUGUUUCUCCCUGCAACUGGGAAGGAAACCUUCCGAUGUAGCUCUCUGGAGAGGCCGCUCGGUGCUCUUCACCCGACCCGAGCUUUUUUGCUUUGCCUUAAACUGGGAAGUUCAACUUUCCCUGGCAGCUUUUUAUUCUCCACUUGGCAAUCAGUGGCCCAGGUCUGGCAUGUCUUUAUUCAGGGGAGCGAUGCCACAUGCUCUGCGACUUCUGCUCAGCUGAGAGGUAGCCUUCUCAAACCUGCCAUUUUCCCCUGUAUGGUCGAGCUGGGCUAAAUGCCUGCUCACGCAUUUAGCCCUUGAAGAGGUAAUGGGCAGCCAGAGCUGAAAGCACUGCCUGCAAUCACCACCACCAGCCCACCCCCUCGCUGGUGGUUUUGGCUGAGGUCAGCCGAGACCCACAAGAACAUCGCACUCUGCUACAGGGAAAGCCACUCCUGGAGGGGAGGAAUCAAGCAAUCACUAGAAACGUGCUAGCAGUGGUGGCCCAAGAGGAGAUGGGAGCCUCUCAGGUAUCCCUGCGAUGCUUAGCCACGGGGGUUUACAAAGGCCCCUGGCAAACCAAGUGCCUAAGGGCUACAGCAACAUCUCUAGUGCCUUUAUCUGCUAACAGGACAGCAAGAGGGAACAGUGGUUUCCCACACAUACGUAAAAUGCUGCGUGCCUCCAACAGUGGCCAGUUAACUUAAGAACCGAGAUGAGGCAACACCUGAAGUGCAAUGCUGGCCCUACCCACGGUGCAGCUGUUUCACAGGAGAGCAGUACCGGGCUGACAGCAAUCCCUGGUAUCAAAAGAGAGGGGUUCCGAAUGCAGUUUUUAGUGUCUUACAUCACAAUAGUAUCCUUUGACUCAAAAAGGAUAUCACGAAGCAUAUGCCAGUUCCGCCAGCUGCAGCACAGCAAGGCACAAACAAGCUCAGAAGGGGUUUGUAAUUCUUUGAGGGUCACAGGAUUGCUUCUAAGCCCGUGGAAAACAGCUGUUUGCAUAGACUCCCCCCAAAGGUGUCUCUGCCCUAACCGAAGACGCAUUCCCCAUCCCCAAUCAGUCACAAGAGAGUUAACAAUCAGGCCUUUCCCCGCAUGAGACGGAGGGAGCUCUGAGCCAAUGUCUCCAGCCACACCACAGGGGAAAACCCUUUCUUUCCGCUGGAAACCAGACGCUUCAUCUCUCUAGACAUUCUUGGCAGGAAGGAAGACAAGUGUGGAAACGAGGCCACUUGCCAAAGUUUGGCUGUUUCAGAGUUUGUUUCAAAAGCAAAUUCACAAACAUUCUGUCCUACUGUUGGAGCUUAAAGCCUGUAAAUAGAGACUAUGCCACCACUGCAAGAAUUAAGAAAAAAGAAAAAAAGUAAAGCACUAAUUUUUUUGGUUUAAAUGUUGCUGUCACAGCUUUAAUCACUGUAUAUUGCCAGCAAGUUUGUAGAGUCGCAUUCUUAGCGGGUAUUAUUGAUUAUCGGUUUUUAUUUGUGGGGAACAAGCGUGGUUUCCCUCCUUCCUUUCUGAUUUAUAUUUAUAUUUUGCUGAAUUUGAGUGCUGAGUCUUCUCAUUCCCCACUUUUUUUGUUUGGCUUAUUUAGACUUUGUUUUAUGCUGGAAGUAAAUAUGCCCAUAUAAAUAAAUAUAUAAAUACUGCUUUGUAUCCAA